ACUCUCAAAAUGGCCGGAAGUUUAUCUGGAAGACAAGUCAUUGACUAUUUUUAUCAAAACAGAAACGAUUGUUUUAAUAGAGACAAGGUAAGAUGCUAGAGAAGCACAGACAUUUGUUGAUUAAGUUUAGGCAACAAAUCGUGGAAGAUUUGUUGGUGGACGAUGUGAUCGUUUACCUGCGGAGCAAGUUUGUGCUGGACUCCGACGACGCUGAGGUCAUUCGAAGGGAGCUAACUUCCCGAAGACAAGCAGAAAAACUUCUGGACAUUCUUUCAUCGAAGGGAUACGACGCAUUUGAUCACUUUUUCACCGUUCUUAAAGAGAAAUACCCACAUCUCGCGCAACUGUUAUCGAAUGAUGAGAGUGGCGAAGAUGAGAACAGGUUCAAUCACGUUACGGAUUCACCUUUGCAGCUUCAAAUCAUGACUCAGGACCAUACUAAUCUCCUUAUUACCAAGCGGGUGGAAAUUGUUGAAGAUCUAUUGGUUGAUGAUGUACUAAACUUUCUUCAGAGUAAAAUGGUGUUUGAUGUUCAUGAUACUGAACUAAUCAGAGCAGAAACAACAUCAAGAGGACAGGCUAGGAAGCUGCUAGACUUGUUGGAAACCAAAAGUGAUGCAGCCUUUUAUCAUUUUCGUGAGGCAUUGGAAGAACCCUAUCCUCACUUGGUAGAACUUUUGAAGGAAGAUGCCACUGCUCCAAGGAAAGAAUCGAGUGCCAAAGAAUUAUUAGAAAGGGUGAAAAAUGUCCUUUUAGAGGGUGGUGUACCGCAGCGGCCGGCAGUUUUUGCGCACAGAGGAAAAGAUAUUCACAAAAUUCGAACUGCAUUAAAAUCCUUAAAAGAGAAAGAUGGUUGGGUUAUUCUGCAUGGAAUGGCUGGCUGUGGAAAGACUGUCUUAGCUUCUGAAGCUCUAAGAGGUGCAGCUGUCUUGGAUGAAUGCUUCCCAGGUGGUGUUCACUGGAUACGAAUAGGCCCAGUAGAUCAACCUAAACUUCUCAUGCACAUGCAGAAUCUUUGUGCCAGACUUGAUUCUGAUCAUAGUCGACAACCUCCACGAAACACCGAAGAAGCUAAGGACAGGUUAAGAAUGCUCUUUGCUCACCAGCACCCAAGGUCAUUGCUAAUUCUGGAUGACCUUUGGGAUUCCUGUGAUGUAAAGUUCUUUGAUGUCCGUUGUCGUAUCAUGGUUACUACUCGUGAUGCAGCCAUCACCGAUAUGGUGGGUGGAUCAAAAGCUAAAGUUCACAUCAGUGAGGGUUUCACAGAAGGAGAAUCACUUCAAAUUUUGGCAGAGUGGACAAAGCAACCCAAGACAAACCUCCCAGCUGAAGCAAAAGAAAUCUUUCAACUGACAAAUGGUUCUCCCUUAGCAAUAAGCAUGAUAGGUGCUCUGCUUCGAGAUCAUCCAAAGAGAUGGAAAUAUUAUGUCAGCCAACUGAAAAAGAAGAAUGUCAGUAAGCUUAAAACGCAAUUUGAAUAUCAAUAUCCCACUUUGACGGAGGCAAUUCGCAUGAGCAUUAAUAACCUGCCUGAUGAACUGAGGCACAUUUAUGAAAGCUUUGCUGUGUUUUGUGAAGAUUGCAAAGUUCCUGCCCAGGUCCUCUCUAUACUGUGGGACGAGGAGUUUGAAGUUGUAGAAGACUGGAUGGAAGCUUUGGUAAACAAAUCCUUGGCAAGAAGAACGGUGAAUUCAGAAGAUGCAAUUGGUACAUGGUACACUGUGCAUAACUUGCAGCUAACUUUCCUUCAAGAACAGGCUACAAAUCUGGAAGCUCUGCACAAGAAGCUGGUGGAUAGAUACAGAAAGGUGUAUAAGGGAAACUUUAGUGAGAUGACAAAUGAUGGCUACAUUCACCGGAAUCUUCUGCGACACAUGCUUAGAGCAGGUCUGGUAGAAGAGGCUCAGAAACUUAUCACAGAUCCAAGUUGGCUGGCUGCUAAACUUGAUGUUACUGGACCUGCCGAUCUUCUGAAUGACUACUUGUCAAUCAAAGGACGCGAAGAUAGCAAGGAAUUGAAAGUCAUUGGUGAUUUCAACCAUUUUGUAAGUGUGAAUGCCCAUCAGUUUGUCGAGAAACCUCUUCCAGACUUAAUCCAGAUGGGUCUAAGUGAAUCCAGAGACUCGGAAGUCUAUAAACAGGCACAUGACAAAGCCAUUCAGGCACAAGGUGAUGGGAAUUUUUACCUUGAUUGGAGUAACCAAAGAGAAGAGUCCCAGGAUACACUUCUCAUAACAGUGAAAAUUCACCAAGGAGCUGUGUACUGCUGUGGUUUUUCGCAGGAUGCUAGUAGAGUGGUAUCCUGUGGUGCUGACAAAACAGUGAAGGUAUGGGAGGGUCAAUCAGGCAAAGAGCUGCUGUCCAUGACCAGCCAUACUGAUGCAGUAUACUGCUGUACUUUCUCCACUGAUGACGCAAGAAUUGUUUCAUGUUCAGCUGAUCACAAAGUCAAGAUUUGGGAUAGUAGUAGUGGAAAGGAACUGCUGACAUUCAGUGGCCACAAUCAAGAAGUGUUCAAGUGCAUGUUUUCACCGGAUGACCAAAAAAUUGUUUCUUGCUCUGCUGAUAAGACGGUCAAGGUGUGGAAUAGUAUAGAUGGCACAGAAUAUGUCAAUUUUACCGGUCAUGCAGAUAUUGUCCGCUGUUGUUCUUAUUCUCCUGAUGGUUCGCGAAUUGUGUCUUGCUCCGAUGACACUCUUGUCAAGGUCUGGGAUUCAAUAUCAGGGCAAGAGUUAUUUACCCUUGAGGGAGGAACAUCCAGUGCAGUGACAUUUUGCUGUUUUAAGCCAACUUCACAAAAUAUAGUUUCAGUUUCAGAUACCGUUGCCAAGAUUUGGGACUCCAAAACUGGUCAAAACUUAAAGACCCUUUAUGCUUCUUCCACCACUCUCUCAUUAGCAUAUUCACAAGAUGAUAGCAUUUUAGUGAUGGGUCUGUCAGAUACAACUGUACAGCUGUGGAAUACAGUCAAUGAAGGAAGCAUAGGUGUGUACCGAGGCCACUCAGGUUGGGUUCACUGUGUUGCCUUGUCACAGGAUGCCAGCAAGUUGGUGUCAUCCUCCGAUGAUGAGACUGUUAAGAUCUGGAAAGUUGACAGGACCAAUGUUCAAGAGUCCCUGAAACUAAGGAUGGUGUUUGAUGUGAUGUUCAGUGGGGAUUCCCUGACUAUUGCCAUUACAGACAUGUCUAACAGGUUGAUGGUAUUUGAAGGCGAAAACACCAAACUGUUAUCACAAAGUGAAGUCAACCAGAUAAAAAUUACUAGCAUUAGUUUCAACAGUGAUGGACAUCUGGUUGCUACUGGCUUUGAUGAUGGAUGUGUGAAGAUAUUAGAGAAGUCAACAUGCAAAACAAUUCAAGAAUUUAAAGAGCAUUGUGGUCGUGUUAGGUGGUGUGCAUUCAACAAGGGCUCUGAACUAUUAGUGUCAGUUUCAGAAGAUUGCUCUGCCAAGGUCUACAACUGUGUGGACGGCACUUUGGCAUUCUCUUUGGAAGGCCACACUGCAAGGAUACAAAAAUGUGUGUUCUUCCAUCACAAGCAUCGGCUGCUGCUUACAGCUUCUCGAGAUGGGUCUCUUAAGGUUUGGGAUGUACAGAGUGGAUCUCUUCAGUUUUCAUGCCAACACAGCAGUGAAGAGUAUGUUCUUUCCUGUGAUGUUUCUCAAGAUGACAAAAAAUUAUUGUCAGCUUCGGUGGAUAAAUAUGCUAAGGUGUGGGAUUCUUCCACCGGAGAGCUUUGUUGCUAUUUUGGGCCACACCCUGAUGUUGUGAGGUCAGCAUCAUUUUCACAAGACAACAGGUUUAUCUGCACAGGCUGUGAUGAUGGAACUGUCAGAGUAUGGAAUAUGUGCGAUGGUAAAAAAGAACUUGCCAUUUGUAGUAAACAUGAUGCUUGGGUUGCCAACUGUUGGUUCUCAAGCAACAGUGACCUGUUGGUAUCUGUUAGCAACAAUAUAAAGUGGUGGAAAAGAGAUGGGACUCUUUGUCAACAAUUUAACCUCAAAGGAACCCAAGCCAAAAGUAUCCAUGUCUCUCCAGAUUUCUCUACUUUUGUAUCAGUGGACAACAUAGGCACAACUUAUGUACUCAAAAGAAUCACUAGGGCAACUUAAGAGCUGACUAGAUACAUGUUACAACCUCCAGCAAGUGAACCAAAAUCCAACAGAAUUUGACAGAAUGGACAGAUUUUGCACUUCAGAGAGCUUAGUUUGACUGUAAAUAUUUUGGCUGUUAAUGGAUGCCUGUGGGUAUUGAAAGUGGUAUAUCAAGAAACCUAAGUCUAAAGUCUGGUGUCAAGUCACUUGGACGAGACCCCAAAGAUUUGCAGUCAAGAGAGUACAUUUGAAGAGAAUCAGGUUGCACCUUACUGUGAUGGAUUGAAAACUUAAUUCCUGCUUAAUCUUAUUGAGAGAAUUAUCAGAUUUAUGACUUGAAGUUUUGAUGUUAUCAAAACAUGGUUCAUGUCCUGAGAUGAUUGCUUGUAAUUUUUGCAAACAAGUUAGGCCACACAACUUAGUUAAUGCAUUAAACAUCAAAUUCAGUCAGAAAAUCCAGUAUUGGUUUGAUUUCAAUUGAAGCUGUUUGCAUUUCAAGCAGUAGAUAGCAAGGUGUUUUUGCCAUCUUGUUAUUCUUGCUAGUAAUUUAGCAAAGUACAGACCUUUAAAAUAGCAGGGCAACUGAACUACUCCAAGGCUUUUGUAAUAUAUCAAUUAGAUCAGACACUCCUUAGUCAAAUUCUACUUGUUACAGAAACGACUCCUCAUGAACUCCAAGUCUAAAAUUGCUUUCAUUAAGCUGACAAAAGGUGGCAUUAUUAAGGCAAAAAGACAUUUUUAGUAUACUUGAGAAUACAUGUACCAGAGUAUGAAAAUGAUCUGGUGUCAAAGAUACACUUAAAAUAUUUUGAAGAUAACCUCUGCAGUUUUGUUCCUUGUACUUUAGUUUGUUUGUUUUUUCUUGCUUAAAGCUUUCCAACUGUUGCACAGAUUAAAUUCUGCAUCAUUAUUUUUCAAAAACCAAA